UAGAAGUGAAUGGGUACAGUCGUUGUUAAUUGCAACUUCGUCAUAGGGGAUAUUAUAGAUAUUUUCUAGCUUCUUUUAAUAAUCCUCCCUUUGCAUGGUGGCCUAUGUUUUACCCUUAAAUAUACAUAGAAUAGUUGUGUAGGUUGCGGUCAACCUGAAUGGAACUGAGACCAGAUACAGUAGGCUAUUAUAGCGGCCAGCAUGAGCAUUAACCACACUCCUCCAUUAAUCUACAAUGUAUUUCCCAGCGUAAAGUUAUUGAUUUUUUUAUGGACUGUCUUAAUUGUAUGCACAUAUGUGGGUUUGUUAAGGUGUUCGCGAUUCCCCUAUGGCAGCUCAGUCACACUUGCUGCAUUAGGUGGGGCUCUGCGCAUGCAAGGUUUCGUCGGCAUUUUUCAACAGGAGCUGGUGGUUUGGCUCAGGAUCCCCUCCGCAGUAUCCAGUAAGAUUCAUGUUCCAGACGCAAGGAGCGCCGCGGGGGAACACUGAGAUACUAGAUUCCACCACUAGAGGGAGCAAGCGAGCGCAGUUUCUUCAGCGUAGCAUCCCCGCAAUCUUCCUCCAGCUUUCUCUCUUCAUUCGGGCUGCUGUAUAUUAAACAACACAACCCCUGACUGAAUAAUACAGAAAACUGCAGCAAUGGCAUCUCCAUCAACAGCGUCUUAUGGGUAUUUGGACCAGAGUGCCUUUUAUUAUGAUUAUGAGACGUUGAGGACCACGGGUGUCAUCUUGGGUGUGGUUAUGUUCGUGGCUGGGAUUCUCAUUGCUCUGAAAGUCCAGUGGAAGGCCCUCAGCCACCAAAAACAGAAGUUCCACCUCAGACGGUGUAAAGAAGAUGCAUGUGUGCGAUUGGGUGGCCCGUUUCGAAGAGGAAAUGCUCAGACGCACAAGGUUACUUACAGGAAUGUGGAGGAGAGUAGAACCUACUUGACCUCUUUUUGUAACCUCAGCUUAAAUGCUGUUCUAUUGCUGUAUUUCAAGGUCUCUCUUCUCUAGCAUUUGUUUUACAUUUUGUCCAAGUCUCUUUAAAUUAACAGAAUGAUACCAUUUCUGGGAAACAUUUUGCCCACCUUAACUGCUUUUGGAGAGAUGCACCGUAUGUGAUUGUUUUGCAUAUGCAUGAAAACAAUUGCUUUAUGGAUGGGAAUUGGGUGUAAAAAACAACCCAUUCAUGGCCUUUUGCCUGUUUUUACAGCAUGAAUAUCACUACGCUACACUACAUUCUAUAGUACAAAGCACUGUGGAAGGUAUCUUAACUGAAUAUCAUUAAGCAAAUGAAUGUACUUGUAGAUGCAACUAAUAUUUGAAGCAUCCAUUAUACGGUAUCAUCGUUCAACAUGAAAACUGAAAUAUUGAGGAUAAAUUACUGUGCUUCUAUUCCGAAUCACUUUAUUCCAAUCGCAUGUUUGACUGUUAUUAGGGAAAUGUUCAUUAGAAGUCAUGCCUUUAUUACAAGGGCUACAACAUUAGGGUCUGUUAUGAAUGUAGAGCAGGAGACAACAGCUUUAUUAAAGACCAAUUUUAUUAUUCAUCAAAGUUUGUCAUGUACCACAUUUGAAUCAAUAAAAGAUUGAGUAACAGAA